AGAGAAAAAAAUGCAAUGGAUCUUGGAGCGGUUUUGUCUUCUCGCACAGGCAUGUUGGAGCUUGCAAGAUCCUCGAAGAUGCAAAUAUUCAGCUACCACUAAUUGACUUGAAAAAUCAACAAACAAACCUUCAGCUUAUUGUGUAAGACCCUAAUAUAUAUACAUGCUUGUCAAUACGAAGUUUUUCUUUCGUUUGCAAUUUCAGCUUAGGGCUCUUUAGAACACGCAAAAUUAAAGGGGAAAAAGGCAUAGCUAUCAUUGGUAUCCAACACUAGUAAUCGUAUCUCAAAUCUCCAACAAUGGAGUUUUCUUUGGUCGUAGCAUUGAUCGCCGUGGCAUCAUCAUGCGUGUUCGUCCAUUUCUUGGCGCGGGGCGCCACCAAGAAACGGCGAUCGCCGGCGGCCAAGAAGCUGCCGCCGGGCUCCCUCGGCCUGCCGGUGAUCGGGCAGAGCCUCGGCCUCCUCCGCGCGAUGCGCAGCAACUCCGGCGAGCGGUGGGUGCGGCGCCGGAUCGACAGGUACGGCGCGGUGUCGAAGCUGUCGCUGUUCGGCAAGCCGACGGUGCUGGUCGCCGGCGCCGCGGCGAACCGGUUCGUCUUCUUCAGCGGCGCGCUGGCCCUGCAGCAGCCGAGGUCGGUGCAGCGGAUACUGGGCGACAGGAGCAUCCUGGACCUCGUCGGCGCCGACCACCGGCGCGUCCGCGGCGCGCUGUCGGAGUUCCUCCGCCCGGAGAUGCUGCGGAUGUACGUGGGCAAGAUCGACGGCGAGGCGCGGCGCCACGUCGCGGGCUGCUGGUCCGGGCGCGCCGCCGUCACGGUGAUGCCGCUGAUGAAGCGGCUGACGUUCGACAUCAUCGCCUCCCUGCUCUUCGGCCUGGGGCCCGGCGCCGCCGCGCGAGACGCGCUCGCCGGCGACUUCGAGCGCGUGAUGGGGGGCAUGUGGGCCGUGCCGGUGGACCUGCCGUUCACGGCGUUCAGGCGGAGCCUCAGGGCCGCCGCCCGCGCCCGCCGGCUGCUCGCCGGGAUCACGCGGGAGAGGAAGGCCGCGCUGGAGCGCGGCGCGGCCACGCGGAGCAGCGACCUCAUCGCCUGCCUGCUCAGCCUCACCGACGACCGCGGCGGCGCGCCGCUGCUGUCCGAGGAGGAGAUCGUCGACACCGCCAUGGUCGCCCUCGUCGCCGGCCACGACACCUCCUCCAUCCUCAUGACCUUCAUGGUCCGCCACCUCGCCAACGACCCUGACACCCUCGCCGCCAUGGUCCAAGAGCACGAGGAGAUCGCGAGGAGCAAGCGCGACGGCGAGGCGCUGACAUGGGAGGACCUGACGAGGAUGAAGCUGACAUGGCGCGUCGCGCAGGAGACGCUCCGCAUGGUGCCACCCAUCUUCGGCAACUUCAGGAGGGCGCUCGAGGACAUCGAGCUCGACGGCUACGUCAUCCCCAAAGGGUGGCAGGUGUUCUGGGUGGCGAGCGUGACGCACAUGGACGCGGCCAUCUUCCACGACCCGGACAAGUUCUUGCCGUCGCGCUUCGACAGCCAGUCGUCUUCUCCGUCGACGGCGAAGGCGGCGCCGCCGUGCUCGUACGUGGCGUUCGGCGGCGGGCCGAGGAUCUGCCCCGGGAUAGAGUUCGCGAGGAUCGAGACGCUGGUGAUGAUGCACCAUCUUGUCAGGAAGUUCAGGUGGAAGCUCUGCUGCAAGGAGGACACCUUCGCGAGGGACCCCAUGCCGACGCCGCUGCACGGUCUGCCCAUCGAAAUCGAGCCGAGGAUUUCUCCUUGAUCAUAAGCCAAAAAUAAAAAUAAAAUAAAAUGGACAACAAUGAGCAAUCACGACAUGAAUGUUGCAUUGCAAUUUUUUAUUUUUUGAUCAAGGGCAGCAUGGCCAUUGCAAUUUUUUAUAGUCAGGAUAGAAUAAGAUUGUUCAGUGCAGUGACAAUGUAGUCAAGGAACUUACACUUUGUGUAAAAUCAGCAAAUUUGUCACUCAUGUAUGUGGCAUUUGAGAUGACGCUACUCAACUAUGUGACAAGCAUUUUUUUUUCGAAACAAACAUUUGGAAGCAGUACAAAUUUUCAACUUGAUCAACUCAAAAUAGAGUGGAAUCUUCAUUCGUUGGAGUUACCCAAGAUUGGAUAACA